AUGUUUACCCUUAGAAAACUUUUCAAACGUUUAGGAGUUGUCGCCGCUCUCUCCGGCGUUGGCACCGUUUUUCUACUGGAAAUGAUCCCUAAAAUAAACGAAACUCGACGGAGUAAGGCACUACUUUCUCGUCCGAAGCCAUCUCCAGCCGAAGUAGAACGUUUCAGCAAACCGUUACCCUCACGUGCGGAGAAUUUAGCUCGCAUGUCUUCAGGGCAAGUGUUUGAUGUUCUAGUGAUCGGUGGCGGUGCCACAGGUGCUGGUGUUGCAGUGGAUGCAGCCUCUCGUGGUCUUUCAACGUGUCUAAUCGAGAAAUUUGAUUUUGCUUCUGGCACCUCAUCCCGCUCAACCAAAUUGAUCCACGGUGGCGUGCGAUAUUUGCAGAAGGCUGUAUUCAAUUUGGAUAUUGAACAGUUUCGUAUGGUCAACGAAGCAUUGAGUGAACGGGCUAAUCUGAUUGAUAUUGCCCCUCAUUUAGCUUAUCCCUUACCUAUCAUGCUUCCAGUGUACAAACUAUGGCAAUUACCCUACUUCUGGGCAGGAAUCAAAAUGUACGAUGUUAUCUCGGGUGGCCAAAUCCUCAAAGCCAGCUAUUACCUGAGCAAACCACAGGUCCUGGAGCGUUUUCCGUUAUUGAAACGUGACAAGCUGAUCGGGGGACUGGUUUGUCACCUCAAACCUUCGUACCCUUGCCGAACCAAGGGUCUGCUUCUCGAGGGAGCACAUGGAUGGAGUCCGAAUCUGUUCAUUCAGUUGGUUCAAGAGCAUGGUAUGGAUGUGGAUGUGGCCCAACAUUUGACUGAAGUCUACGGUGACAAAGCUUUGGUGAUUGCGAAUAUGGCCAGUUUGACGGGACUCCGGUGGCCAAUUUUGGGAAAGCGAUUGCACCCAGAAUUCCCCUAUAUCGAAGAAGAGAUCAAAUACGCCUGCCAAGAGUAUGCCGUCCGAGCUGUGGACUUCCUGGCGCGUCGUACGCGAUUGGCUUUUCUCAACGCGGUAGCUGCUCAAGAGGCGCUACCGCAUGUUAUCGAAAUCAUGGCAAAAGAACUGAAUUGGGACAGCCGUAAAAGAAAGGAAGAAACACAACAUGCACAGGCAUUUCUCUGUCGCGAAAUGGGACUCGGACUAUCUGCACUGGAUUCCGCCCCGAUCACUUUAACUAUGGAGGAAACUGAUCAGCUGCUUCAACGUUUCCGAAAGUUGGACAGUGGUGCGAAGGGCUAUAUCACGUUAUCCGAUUUUGAGCGCUCUUGUAAGGAAUCAGGUGAACGCUUGAGCAAACAGUCAUUGCAGGCUUUACUCGAAACUAUCGACAAGGAUAGGGACGGUCGGGUUGACGUUGCCGAAUUCCUUCGCUUUAUGUCCGCCCUCAAAUCCGGUACUGUGGCUCACAGUCCACUGAAGCGGGUUCUAACCGGUUCAGUCAUCCCUGUUCAUCGGAGUGGCGGCGGUGUUUAGGCAGUUUGAUGCCUACUGCAACGCCGCAUUAAUGCCUGACGCACGGGACUCAACCUCAGGAGUAAUCGCAGACUCUCUCAGUUCCUUAUCCAAGAGGUACCACGAACAUAUCCUGUAUUCUCGUGAUCACGCAGCGGCUUCUUUGUCUGAAGCAACUCCUUUAUUUCCCUCCUCCCCCCACUUAGAUACAAUAGCGAAAUCUUUCUCUUACCAAGAUAUCACUCACUGGGCACUUGACCCAAUCAGCGACCGAUCUAUCUUCUGAGGCAUAAUCGCUCCUACCUCACUACUAUCUUUUUCUCUUAUCCUUACGUAGAUCACAUUGUAUCUGUUCGAUUAACUCAUUCUUGACAUCUUCCUAUCGUUGUUUGUGUUUUCCUGAACAGCCGCUCACUUGAGCCAUUUUUUGCAUGCGCUCGACUCAGGAUGUGCAACUUACCGUUUUCUAGUGACCUUGGUUCGUGUCUUCUGAUCCCACCUCAAUUUUGCCCCAUGUUUCCACUGGAUUUUUCUCAGUGCCAUGUGUCCUUGUCAUCUUCGGUCACCUAGGCGAUUGUGUUGUUUUAUCUGCAUUGCCCUUGUCUCCUCGCAGCUUUAAUUCCUCCCAUAGAGUUGUCUACUAUUGGCAUGUACUUUAUUGAUUUCCAUCACAGUGCAUUGUAUGGAUCCCACUGUCUCUACGCUAUCCCAGAUGUGAAGGAUUAGGCAGAGCUCCUAAGCCUGGGACAACAAAUCUUCCCAACGUUCUAGAUUUGCCAACCAUUUCUUUCGAAUUCACAUCACAUUGUAUUGAGAUUAGAUCCGGUCUGUCUCUUUCGUGUGGUAAUCACCUUUCCUCGAACAGCAUGCGGGUAUGAUUGUGCCCCAGAUAUCGAACAGAAAAUGUUUUCUCA